AUGUCUCCAAGCAAGAAGUACGAUUUCAGCGGCAAAGUCGCCCUGGUCACUGGCUCCUCAAGUGGCAUCGGCGCCGCCAUUGCCGUUCAGUUGAGCUCUUACGGCUGCAAAGUGGCCAUCACCGGUCGUUCUGCCGCCGGACUAGAGAAGGUCGCCCAAGAGGUGCUCAAAGCUUCCGGGGGAGUGGCACCGCUCCAGAUCAUCGGCGACCUGCUCGAUGACGCCUUUCCGCAGCGACUGAUCACCGAGACGAUUGCCAAGUUUGGCCAGUUAAACUUUCUGGUGAACAACGCCGGCGGUGGAACUCCCAAGGGCAAUCUAAGCAGUGACAAUCUGCUGGAAGAGUUUGACAAUGUCAUGAAGUUGAAUCUGCGAAGUGUGGUGGAGCUCACUCAACGAGCAGUGCCCUAUCUGGAGAAAACUGAGGGCAGCAUUGUCAACAUCUCUUCAGUUGCUGGAAUUAAACCCUAUGCCCUUGUAUACAGUGCUUCAAAAGCAGCCCUGGAUAUGGUUACAAAGUGCAGUGCGCUUGAGUUGGGACCAAAACAGAUUCGAGUGAAUUCAGUCAACCCAGGUCCGGUAGUCACUGCUUUUGCACGAUCAAUGGGUUUUGACCAGGCUGCUAGUGAAGCCGUUUUUCACGGUAUUGCUCCCCAAAUGUUGAUGAAGCGUGUUGGCCAGUCUGAGGACAUUGCCAACCUUACAAGUUUCCUUCUAAGUGACGAUGCUCGAAAUAUAACUGGUUCUAUCAUGGUCAGCGACAGUGGCACUUUGCUGAAGGCACCAGAGUUUGCUCCGGAUGAAUUAGAAAAAAAAUAUGUUAAAAAAUAA